CUCUUCCUCCUUUUCUACCUUUAAUUUGAUGCAAACUUUCCAAUCCAUAAAAUCUCCCUCACAAGCCAAACAUCAUUUUAAUUAUUAUUCUCUGCAUAUGGAAUCAAGAACAAGCUCUCUCAUCCCCAUUGAAUUAACCAUCUUGAACGCAGAGAAUCUGAUCGUGAAAGGGAAACCAUUACGAAGAAACAACAACAACAACAACGACGCUGCUUACGUAGUUGUUCACGCACAGUGUUCUUCCACAAAACACUACCCUUCAUGGAACGAGAAGUUCUCAAUGGAGGUUGAACCCGCCACCUGCAGGUUCAUUAGCAUUGAGGUUCGGCGCAAGAAAUGGUUGGGUUACAGUUCUGGAAGCGUGGCAAUGGCUCACGUUCCGGUGUCUGAGUUAUUUGGAGCACAGUUUUUGAGUUACAGGCUUUGGGAUAAGAAGGGUGACAGAAACGGGAUCAUUGAUUUCUCGGUGAGGUUGGAAGCAGCAAAGAGAACGGAACAAGUGCCAAUGCGUGAAAAUGAAGAGCCUGUAACUGGGGUUCCACUUUUCUGGGGUAAUCAUCGCUACCCUACAAAUAUUAGAUUGAACAACAUAUAAUCAUAUAAUGUAAUUUAAUUUAGUUUUUCAUGUAACUGGUACUAUAUUAUUAGAUAUUACGAAGUUAAACCAACUUGGUAAAGUUUGUCCUAAUCUGUUUGCUCG